AUACUCCAUUUACCACAUUUACUACAGAGUGAAGAAGCAAAAUGAAGCUAUUUUCAAGAUUUUUAAUAUUGCUCUUAUUUUCAGUGGCCUCGGCAAGACAAGUCCAGAAAAAUGAAUCCAGAUCCAGAUUUAUUCGCUACCCGUCAUGGAACACAAGACUGUAUGCAGUGUGGAAGGCAGGAGACCCACGUUAUAAAAACAGCUGGACAGGAGGAGAUGUGAAGUUUGAUGUCCGUAAUGAUGCACCAACUCUGACUGGUGCUAAAGUCACCUUCAACAUCGAUAUAUUGUUCCCGGCCAAUCAGAUGGUACUACCUGAUGGACAGGUUGUUUGGGCCAGAAACUGCAUUGUAAACGGAACUCAGCACCGGAAGGGUGAGCCGGUCUACCCUCAGGAGAACACCGUGGGGGACCGUAAUGCUGUUUUUCCUGAUGGGUCUCCACUCGGCAAACAUGGAGACAAGAAACCACCUUACGUGUUUGUGUGGAAAACCUGCGGAAAGUACUGGCAGGUGUCUGAUGGACCGUCCUCCUCUCUGACCAUCAGCACAGACAACAUCCCUCUUGGCUCAUAUGUCAUGGACGUGGUUAUUUACCACUACAGAAAAAGAGAAAAGUUCAUCCCCAUCGGAUACGCCUCCACUCAGUUCUGCAUCACUGAUCAGAUUCCCUUUGCCGUCUCUCUUUCACAAGUGAACGAUAAAGACGAGGGCGACCAGAAAUUCAUCCAGAACCGAGCCGUUGCGUUCAGCGUCGCUCUCCACGACCCCAGUGACUACCUGGAGGACUCAGACAUCACCUUUAACUGGGACUUCGGGGACGGCAGUGGCACAGUCAUCUCCAGGGAGCUCACUGUUACUCAUACCUACACUAUUACAGGCUCCUAUAAACCACACGUCGUAGUACAGGCGGCCAUUCCUGAUCCGUCCUGCGUCACUCCAGCAAACACUCCUACCAACGCCAGUCCCACAGGAAGCUCCCUUCACUCACAGCUCAUCUCAACAGGUGGAAGGGCAGCUGCAUCAGUGCCCGGCAUGAAAACUACUCCCCCAGCUCCAACAAAUGCAGCCAUUGAUCCAGUGAGCUCAGAUGAUCAAUCAUCAAUACCAGCCCAGAAUGAGGAGCCUUCUGCAGCUUAUUCAUCCACUACAACCAGCCCUGCUGCUGCUAUUGAACUGUCUGGGUCACCAGUAGCAGAUCCGGAUGCAGUGGUUUUGGACAGAGAGGUUCUGGAGGUUCAAGCUGCUGUUAUAAUCGAGAAACGUGAGGUUCCAAACGUGGAGUUGGACUGUGUCAUUUACCGCUACGGCUCUUUCUCCACCGGGAUUCAGGUCGUUGAGGGGAUUGAGAGUGUGGAGAUUGUCGAUGCCUCCAGUACUGUUCUGGUGGCUGAUCUGGAGCAGAACGCCGUGGAUUUUACUGUUACCUGUCAGGGCAGCUUGCCCACUGAGGUGUGCACCGUGGUGUCGGACGCUGAGUGUAAAACUCCAGGAAAGACCGUCUGCACCUCCGUCUCUCCGUCUCCAGAGUGCCUGCUGGUCCUCCGACACUUUUUCAACGACGCUGGAGUCUUCUGCAUCAACGUGUCCAUGACUAAUGAUGUCAGCCUGGCGGUCACUAGCGCCAGAGUCAAUGUGAUCAUAGCAGGUUCCAGGUUCUCCAGUAUGGGAACUAUUGCGAUGGUGUUGGGCGUCCUGGUCGUUGCAUCAGCAUUAGGAACCGUGGCCUUUGUUUUUAAGUGUCUGAAGGGCUACCAGCCCCUUUCUGAGGUUCCUGUUGCAGGCCAGCCCGGAAGAGCAGGAUGGAGCUCAGUGCCUUCUCUCUUCUGGAGCCUGGUGAACCAGCAGGUUCCUGCACAGAAGCCUCCAGUUCCUCCAGUACACAGAGCAGCAUAAAGAGGACUCGACAGCAACAGCAUAUUCCUUUUGUACUUUUUCAGAUUUUAUAUAAUAUUCUGUAGAUGUGGCUUCAAUUCCAGUUUUAUACAUUAAUUAGGCUAUAUGUUUCAUAUGAUUUUGUUUGUUUUUUUACCUGAUUUUUUUAUAUUAACAACUGACCCAAAGUGUUUUCUACAUUCCAGUUAAGAAUCUUCAGUAUUUAGCAGUAAUAUGUUGUUUGAAGCUGUUUUAAUAGAAUUUAAUAAAAUACUAUUAAAACCAAA